CUGCCAGGGUCUCUGGAGCCGUGCGAAGGGCGCUGGGCAGCCAGCGUUGUCGUUAUAGCCACCCACGGUGCGGUCUCGACAUCCUCAACGCGCCCGAGGCCUGCCAAAGCGCCGGUGCAGCACCUCCACCUGCAGACCUCCACAGCCUGGAGCAGCCAGACGCCGCCGCAGCAGCAUGGCGCGGCUCUUACCACUCAUCGCAGCCGCCUACGCGUUAGACCGUCCAACGUCCAGAUUCCAGAACGCCUUCGGCAAUCGAGGCUCGUCAGUCAGACGAAAACGCACUUUACCAGUCUACCGCCCGCCCGACUCGCCGGCCACACCACUACCCGUCCCGGGAUCGAGCCGCACGCUAAGAUACCAGCCCGAGGGCGCCGCGAACGCCCAGCUCGUAAGAGAUCUGCAGCAGUACGGCGCCCUCGUCGUCGUGAUCGGUGACGGUGAGGACGAACCGAUAGGCUGCGUCGUCGAUGUAAGGCUCGCCGAGGUGAGCGACGAGGGCCAGGCGGCGGUGGUGGCGUCGUGCACCUCGUCGAACGCUCGAGUAUCAUUAGGUAGAGUAGCCAAGGCCUUCCCGUACACGGCGCGCGAAGCAUCAACUCUGGAGGACACGGAUUUUCUCUACGCCGACGACGUGCUAGCGGCCUACGACGUCAUCGAGGAGGACGAGCCGUCGACGUCGAAAGCUAGAAAUGACUGCGUGGAUUUACUGGAAGCUACCUUAGAGCUUUGUGAUAAAUUAAGGCCGACGCUCGGCGCCAUUGAUCCCUUUGGCACUGAGCUAAAUGAGGGCGAGUACGCGCGCAUGAAGCGGCGGCUGCUGGAAGCUGUGAGCAAAGACGACGACGAGGCGGACGAAGAAAGGGAUCGGCGGCUGUCGUUCUUGUGUCUAUCGUUAGUUGACGCCCCGGACGAGUUGCGACGGAGAUGCCUGGCAACUAGAUCAGCAGCUAGGAGGUACGCUGCCGUCCAGCGGUUUUUGAGACCUCUCCAUCGGGAGCUUUCCGCGGCCUGCGCGUUGGGUGCAUCGUCGACGCCGCCGCCGCCCUGUCCGUGCCCCGUCGACGCGCCGCUCGCCUUCGCGGCCUUACGCCCGGGCCGCCGUUUAGCUUAUUGGUGGUCCGACGCCGCCGGCUGGUGCCCCGGCGAGUGCGGCGUGCUCUGGCGCACGGGCGACACGGAGGACGGCUCCGUCGAGGUCAAGUUCGACGCGGCGCCCGGAGAGAGUGGUUCGGUGGCGCAGCGGUUGGAAUUGCUCGGCGCGGACCGGGGGCGCUGGAAGCUGCUGCCGCUCUAACUUUAGCUUAUUUGUCC